GAACGAUAUAAAAAUACCCAACCCAACACCACAGAAUAUAUAACCACAUAUAUGGUUAUUUAUUCUGUGCCAACACCCAACACAAACACAGCCACACCCGUCGCCCGUCGCCCGUUACCCGUCCGGUCAAGUCAAGUCAAAAGCUCAAAAGCUGUGCGUGCGCUCAACUCCUGGGUUGAAAAAUUUGAAAACCAGAAAACAUUUGACCAGAUUUGACAGACACAGACCAUAUACUUAAUUUAGAACAAUACAAAUUAGUGUAAAGCAAAAUGAAGCCCAUCUUGUACCACUUACCUCCCAGUGGAAAUUCCAGAGGAGCAUUAUUAGCAGCCAAAGUAGCAGGUGUUGAUGUAGAUAUACAGAUUGUAGAUAUAAUGAAAAGGGAACAAUUCACAGAGGCCUUUUUAAAGAUUAAUCCUCAACAUACUUUACCUACUUUGGUUGAUGGAGAUUUAACUCUCUGGGACAGUCAUGCUAUUGCAGGAUAUCUGGCAACACAAUACUCAAAGGAUGAUAAUUUAUAUCCCAAAGAUCCAAAAAAGAGAGCUCUUGUGGAUCAGAGAUUAUACUUUGACUGUGGAACUUUAUAUCCAAGACUCCGAGCUAUAUGUUUUCCAAUUAUACAUAAAGGUGAAACCAAAAUUUAUGAUGAACAUAGAGCAUCUUUAGAAGAAGCUUUAGGAUUUUUGGAUGGGUUUCUCGAAGGCAAUGAUUUUGUAACAGGAAAACAUCUAACAAUUGCUGAUUGCUCUUUAGUAGGUUCAGUAUCCAGUAUAGUGGCUAUAGGAUGGGACGUUAGUGCUCACUCUAACAUUGCCAAUUGGAUAACAAGAUGUGCCUUGGCAAUUCCAGAUUAUGAAGAAGCAAAUCAAAAGGGCGCAGAUGCAUUUGGCCAAUUAGUAGGAAGUAAAUUGGCCCCCGGACAACUGUAAACAUUGCGGUAUUCUGUACUUUUAGAUAAUCCUUUAAAAAAAAAAUUUAAAAACAAAAAUCAAAAAUAGACAUAUAUAUAUAUAUAUAUAUAUAUAUAUAUAUAUAUAUAUAUAUAUAUAUAUAUAUAUAUAUAUAUAUAUAUAUAUAUUUUAUAAUACUUGAAUAUACUGAAUGCUAUCAACAGUCCCGGACUGGCAGACUGACCCAUGGGACAGUGCGCCUUUUGCAUUUACCCUAUCAAAAAUUUAACGCUGAAAAAAAUGUUCAUACGGAACCUUUUCAGAUUCAAGACUUUUAAUAUUAGUCCUGUCGCCAUGGGGGGUACAACGGCCUCCUUAAUUCAGAUGGACUUACCCAAGUUUUUGAAGAUAUUCUUUUUAGGCGCGAUUCGAUUAAGGGGAAAAUUGUACAUAAAUCUGCGCGCCUGCGCACACAGACAGUAUGUAGUUCCUUGCUAAUCUUUCAAGAUAGGUGUUUAUGUAUCUGUAUCCGUGCAAAUAAGUCAUUAAAAGAAUAUAUUAGUGUUUUUAGUAAAUGUAUUAUUUAUUAUAAUUCUUGUGUUUUUGGAUUUGUGUUUCUCUGUAGUAAAAUAAUGAAAUAUUUACACUAUUUGUCGCCGUGUUGUGUAUUUAUAUCCGAAACUUACAUGUCAAUUAGAAGGACCUCGCUGGUGUAGUUGCUAGGGCGUUAGCUCCGAGAUUGGAAUGACGCGGGUUCGAAUCCUGGGCGAUUCAUAUAUUUUUUUUAUUUUUGGUUGUUUUAAUAAAAUUUUUUUUAAAGUGGUAGAUAAGAAAGUUAGUUUAAUUUUUAAAUAAAAUACAAAUAACCUGUUAAGUAUAUUUACUUCGUUGAAAUUACCUAUAUAAUAGAAGAAUAUCUUCUUACGUGCGUACAAAGUACACACACAUUCUUUUUUUUUAUGUAUUUUGACCCGUAGAACACGAAUUUUUUGGGUAACAGUUGAUCCGGAUGUCGAUAAGAUUGUUAUAAACAAAGAACUUGAGGAAUUACAUAACAGCGAUUUUUCGCAAAACAAAACAUUUUUUUUUGGGUCAUUCUAAUCAAAAAAAAUUUUACAAGUUUUGUCGUAGAAUGCAUAGUUUUCGACAUAAACGCGGUUGAACUUUAAAAAAAAUAGAAAAAUUGCAAUUUUUGAACCCGAAUAACUUUUGAUUGAAAAAUAAAAUAGCAAUUCUGCUUACCGCAUUUAAAAGUUCAAGUCGAAUUUUAUCGGUUUUGAUUAUUUUCAUUGCUAAAAAUUAAUUUUUUUAUUGUUAAACAAAGCUAUAAACACAUAGUGUUUCCCGUGCCCAAUGCAUGCGUUUUAAUGUACUUAAUCUACGUAGAAAUUGUCUGUUGCUAUUUAUAGCUUUGUUUAACAAUAAAAAAAUUAAUUUUUAGCAAUGAAAAUAAUCAAAAUACUAAAAAUGCGGUAAACAGAAUUACUAUUUUAUUUUUCAAUCAAAAGUUAUUCGGGUUCAAAAAUUGCAAUUUUUCGAUUUUUUUAAAUCAACCUUUAGGUCGAAAACUAUUCAUUCUACAAAAAAACUUGUAAAAAAUUUUUUGCUUAGAAUGACCCAAAUUAUACAAAAAAAUGUUUUGUUUUGCGAAAAAUCGUUUUUAUGUGAUACCUCGUACGUAUGGCAUCCAAAUCUGGGGAACUGCCAGUGAAACAAAUUUACUUAAGAUACAGCGCUUUCAAUCAAAAGUUCUAAGGCAACUGUGCCAAGCUCCUUGGUACAUUUCCAACGAUAAUAUACAUAGGGAUCUCCAAGUCCAAACCGUCAAAGAAGAAAUUGUUUCUCUGUGCUCCAAGUACCACAAUAGACUACAGGUUCACCCAAACAUAUUGGUCACCAAUCUCCUGACACCCCUACAGAACAGAAGACUAAAAAGAACAGACACUCUUGACCUCAACACUAACUAAUCAUACCCACUUUUAUCACUACUAUUGUAUUACUUUUCAGAUUAAUUCAAUUAAUUUAUUAAUUUUUAAUUAUUAACAAUCUUUAUUGUACUCUUUUAGGUAUUCACCACUGGGUGAAUACUGACUGUGUCAUACUCUUAAUACUCAUAUGUAUUGUUUAUUAUUUUUUUAUAAAAUAGAUUGCAAUAAAAUGGAUGCCAAAAAAAAUGUGAUACCUCAAGUUCUUUGUUUAUAACAAUCUUAUAGACAUCCGGAUCAACUGUUACCCAAAAAAUUCGUGUUCUACGGGUCAAAAUACAUAAAAAAACUUGGAUAACUCCAUCUGAAUUAAGGAGGCCGUUGUACCCCCACUGGCGACAGGACUAUAUCAUCAUUGAUCGUAUAAAUAGUAGCAUGACAAGGUUUUCCGACCAAAAGCGACUUAAUCAAGAUCUGUCAUGUUUGGUCCAAAAAGGUUUCCCAAAUUGAAAAAAAAAAGGUAUACCAAAGGGUGUCUUAUAAAAAAUAUGCAAUUUAGUUCCAUUAUUUUAUCAAGAAAUAUUUGCAGAGGAACCUCAAUAAUUUGAUUGUGUAUGUUUCUUCAUCAUUGAAUAAAUGUUAUAUGAAUGAAGUUUCAGAUCAAUUAGAUCAACAAAAUCUCGAAAAAGAAAAUAGUCAUGUAAAUCAUUUAUCGAUAUAAUAUUUUGUAUAUACAGAGCUUAUCAAAGUUUAUAAAGUCCUUUUAAUAAUUCCUCUCACUCAAGUAAGUUGUAUAGCAGGUUUUUCGAAAAAUUAUUAGAAACCAGGCUUCGAUCUUUGAGAUGGAAAAUGAAAAUCUAGAAAGUCUUCUUAUAAUGCAAUUAAAAAGAAAAGUAAUUGCAAGAAUUGAUAAUAUUAUAAAUAAACUAUGUAAUUGACUCUAUUAUUAUAAAUGAACUCUGUAAUUAUUAUAAACUACUGAAAUCUGUCGCCUGUCUAUAAUGUAAAUCGUCAAAUUUAGUCAUUUAACAGAUAUUUGGAUAUAACAGAUAUUUGAACAGUUGGAUAAAGAUACUUUAUUUUAUUGUUACAGAGUAAUAAUAAUAUUAUUAAUCAACGUGGAAAUCGAAACGUCAAAAUAAACUUAUGUCAAAGGAAAACUGUGGCGUAUUCUUCAUAAAACAAGUAAAAAUUCUUGUUAUUUAUUUAAAUUAAAAUUAAACGUAUAAAAGAAAUAAUAUUGAUUUCCUCUACAUUCAAUAGAAUUUCAAGAAACUUAGCUUAGGAGGGGGUAUUUUGCCUUUGUUUGCAGUUUAGGUUGGAGCCUUUUUAUGAGCCAGUCCGGCCUUGGUUGUAAUAGUUUAUAAUUUUUUGUGUAUAUUUAAAAUUUUAUUAUUAAUAGUAUAAACCAACAUUAUCUGGUAUUAAGGGCAUCAAUAUUUAAUGUAAUAGUGUAAGAUUUGGAUAUCGAUGGUUGUAUUUGAUAUUUUUACAUGUAAUCUUAAAUAAAAACCUUUUUUGUGCCUAA